CCUCGCGCAGACGGGCGACGCCUUCACGGACGACUGCAUCAACGCCGUCCGCUUCCUGGCCAUCGACGGCGUCGAGGCCGCAAAGUCGGGCCACCCGGGCAUGCCCAUGGGCAUGGCCCCCGCCGCGUACGUCCUCUUUAAAAAGUUCAUGAACUUCAACCCCACAAACCCCGCCUUCGUCAACAGGGAUCGCUUCGUCCUCUCCGCCGGCCACGGCUCCAUGCUCAUCUACGCCCUCCUCUACCUCUUUGGCUAUGACAGCGUCGGCCUCGACGAUAUUAAGGCAUUCAGGCAGUUCAUGUCCCGCACCCCGGGCCAUCCGGAGAACUUUGAGACCAAGGGCGUCGAGGUCACCACCGGCCCGCUCGGCCAGGGUAUCUGCAAUGCUGUCGGCCUUGCCCUGUCGGAGGCCCACAUGGCCGCCGUGUACAACAAGCCGGAUGCCACCCUAAUUGACAACUACACCUAUGCCAUCAUGGGCGAUGGUUGCCACAUGGAAGGCAUUUCCAGCGAGGCCUGCUCCCUCGCCGGCCAUUGGGGUCUGGGCAAGCUCAUUGCCCUCUACGAUGAUAACCGCAUUUCCAUCGACGGCAGCACCGACAUCGCCUUCACGGAGGACGUCGGCGCCCGCUUCGAGGCCUACGGCUGGCAGGUCAUCAACGUUGUCAACGGCAACGUCGAUACCGCCGCCCUGGAGGACGCCAUCGCCCAGGCCAAGGCCUGCACAGACAAGCCCACCCUCAUCAAGGUCACCACCAUCAUCGGCUACGGCUCCCCGAACAAGGCCGACUCGCACGACUCGCACGGUGCCGCCCUCGGCACGGACGAGGUCGCCGCCACCCGCGAGGCCCUCGGCUGGAAACACGACCCCUUCCAUGUCCCCUCUGAAGUCCUCGACCACUACCGCGAGAAGAUCCCGGAGGGCCAGAAGAUAGAGGCCGACUGGAACGCCACCUUUGCCGCCUACAAGAAAAAGUACCCCGACCUCGGCAACCAGUUUGAGACCCUCGUCCUCAAGGGAGAGAUGCCCGCACAGGUCGAGAAGGCCCUCGUCAAGGCCGCCACCGACAUCAAGGCGCCCAUGGCCACUCGUCAGUUGUCCAACCUCAUGCUCAACACCAUUGCCCCGCUUCUCCCGUCCUUCAUUGGAGGCUCGGCCGAUCUAGCCGGCUCCAACUUGACCAUCAUGAAGGGCUACGGCGACUUCCAGAAGGCUACCCCCGAGGGCCGCAACCUGCGCUUUGGCGUGCGCGAGCACGCCAUGGGCGCCAUCGUCAACGGCAUUUCGCUUUCCGGGUACAACUUGUUCCCUUACAGCGCCACCUUUUUCUGCUUCACCGACUACAUGCGCGGCGCCAUGCGUCUCUCCUCCCUCUCACAAGCCGGUAUGAUCAACGUCAUGACGCAUGACUCGAUCUUCCUCGGUGAGGACGGCCCGACUCAUCAGCCCAUCGAGCAUCUCGCCUCAUUCCGUGCCAUGCCCAACCACUACAUGUAUCGCCCGGCUGACCCGAUUGAGACUGCCGCCUCGUAUGCUGUCGGACUCGAGUCGAGGAAGACACCUACCACCAUUGCCCUCACUCGUCAGAAGACAACCAUUCUCGAGGGCGGCUCCUUCGAGGGCGCCAAGAAGGGUAUGUACGUGCUCAGCGACAACUCGUCUGGCAACCCGGACGUCGUGCUCAUCGCUACUGGUUCAGAAGUCGAGCUCAUCGUCGAUGCGGGCGAGAUGCUGCGCAAUGCCGGAAAGACUGUGCGAGUGAUCUCGGCCCCAUGCGUGGACCGCUUCGAGGAGCAGUCGUCAGCAUACCAGGAGAGCGUACUCCCCGCGAGCUUCCCGCGAAGCAAGGCGCUCGUGUGUGAAGCAGCGACCAGCUAUGGAUGGCACAAGUAUGCCAGCAACUUUGUCACCGUCGAUCGGUUCGGUAUCUCGGCACCCGGUGGUAAUGACAUGCGGGAGUUCUUCGGCAUGACUGCCAAGAACGUGUUUGAGAAGGCUAAUGCGCUGUAGAUUGUUGGUCGUGUCGGCUUGAUUGUUUGUGUGUGUUGCGUUUUUGUGGUAAAUUUGUCAAGCCUCGGCGUGUAGGACGCGCAUAUGAGUGAAUAGUUGUUUUACGUCGUUUUAUCAUCUUGUUUGCUAUUGCGCGGUGCGAAGCCUUCUCUACAAUACUAGUGUCUAUUGGACCUUUGUCCUCAUAUGAGGACAUUAUUCGACCUA